CACAGACGGGGUGGGGGGGUGGAGGCCGGGGAGGUGCGACUGCGUGGAGGCGUGGUGCGCCUGCGCGAUAGUGGCAGUGGUGCGCCUGCGCGGUGGGGAUGUAGCCGGAACGCACCGGGGUCUGCGUGUCCUCGAUCUCAGGGUGAGGGUCGAGAGCAGCCUUCCUGGGGCCACGGAUUCGAGCCCCACUCGGGUGUCCAGAGCAGGUCGGCGCCCCCGAGGCCAGCGCGGAGGUGGGGACGAUGGCAGAGGAAGAGGGGGCAGCUAGGGGAGACCCUCCCGCGAGCCUGUGAAGGUGAGGGAGGAGAUGCGGGAGACAGAGGACCCCCCGGACGGUGCCGAGAACUGCGAGGAGGCCCCGGCGGCCCAGGCAUGUACCGCUACAUCAAGGAUGACCUGUUCACCUCCGAGAUCUACAAGGUGGAGAUCCAGAACGUGCCCCGCUACGUGGGUUUCAAUGACGUGAAGAAGUUUCUGGCCAAGUAUGGCCUGCACCCGCACAAGACCAAGCUCUUCGGGAAGCAGACUUUCGCCUUCGUGACUUUCAAGAGUGAGGAGGAGCGGGACAAGGCCAUGAAGGUGCUCCACGGGGCGCUGUGGAAGGGCCGCUGCCUGAGCAUCAGGCUGGCCAAGCCCAAAGCCGACCCCAUGGCCAAGAAGAGGAAGAGGGAGGGAGAGGAUGGGGGGCAGGGCGAGGCCAAGCGGCCAGUCCAGGGGGCCGCGGUGGCUGCAGCGGCCUCCUCAGCCGAGGAGCCCGUGGCCAAGCAGAUCGCCGACGUGGUCACCCCCCUCUGGACCCUCCCCUAUGAGGAGCAGCUGGAAAAGAAGCAGCAGGAGUGUGAGCAGGUCCUGCAGAAGCUGACCAAGGAGAUUGGGAACAACAACCGUGCCCUGCUGCCCUGGCUGUUUAUGCAAAAACAGAAAUUCAACGGGAUCUGCUGCCCCCUGGAAGGUGUCAAGGCGUCCCCACUUCAGACCGAAUACCGCAACAAGUGUGAGUUCCUGAUUGGCAUGGGCGUGGACCAGGCAGAUAAGACGGUGGGCUGCCGCCUGGGCAAGUACAAGGGCGGUACGUGUGCGGUGGUGGAGCCCUUUGACACCGUCCACAUCCCGCGCACCAAGCGUGUGGUCCGGGCUUUCCAGGAGUACAUUCGGUCGACCCCCUACUCUGUGUACAGCCCGGAGACAUACGAGGGGCACUGGCGGCAGCUCACGGUGCGCACCAGCCGCAGUGGGGAGAUCAUGGCAAUCGUCUACUUCCACCCCCAGAAACUCAGUAAAGAAGAACUGGUGGGACUGAAAGCCUCCCUCAGUCAGCACUUCAUGGAGGAGCCCGGCCGGCUCAGUGGGGUGACCUCUCUCUACUUCGUGGAGGAGGGGCAGAGAAAGUCUCCCAACAGAGAGGACCUGCCCUUGGAGCACAUUGCGGGAGAGAAAUAUAUACAUGAGGAGCUUCUGGGGCUCAAGUUCCGGAUUUCCCCUCAUGCAUUUUUCCAGGUGAACACACCGGCCGCUGAGGUCCUCUACACAACCAUUCAGGAUUGGGCGCAGCUGGACGGGGAGAGCACCGUGCUGGACGUCUGCUGCGGGACCGGCACCAUCAGCCUGUCCCUGGCCCAGAAAGUGAAGAAAGUAAUUGGCAUCGAGCUGUGCCAGGAAGCCGUGGAAGAUGCCCGAGUGAAUGCCAAGAUUAAUGCCCUGGACAACAUCGAGUUUCACUGUGGCAAGGCUGAGAACCUGGUCCCCUCCCUGAUGAGCUCCUUGGCCUCACAGAAGCUGACUGCCAUUGUGGAUCCACCCCGAGCAGGGCUGCACUCCAAAGUCAUCCUGGCUAUCCGGAGAGCUGAGCACCUGAAAAAACUACUCUAUGUCUCCUGCAAUCCCCGGGCAGCCAUGACAAACUUUGUGGACCUUUGUCGAGCUCCCUCCAACAGGGUGAAGGGCUCUCCCUUCCGCCCAGUGCGGGCCGUGGCCGUGGACCUGUUCCCACAGACCCUGCACUGUGAGAUGCUGAUUUUGUUCGAGAGGGUGGAUCAUCCCAAUGGCCCUUCAGCCGCUGCCAUGGGGGGCUCUUCCCCAGAGAGCUCCCCUCCCCUCCCCCAUCCCCCUGUUGCUGGGGGGGCCCAGGAAAGGCCGCGGAGCCAUCACACGGGGCCAGAGCCCAGAGCUGGUGGGACAGGAGAGCAGCAGGACCCGGCAGACUCCAUGGCCAUGGCGGGGGAAUACUCGUUCUGUUGCUUGAUUGAGAUGGCUUUUUUAAUUGGGAGCCUUGGCCUGUCGGCUUCUGGAGUUGCUCCCAGUCUUCGCCCUCAGGCCAGCAGGGUGAUGCAUUGGGCGCUCGUGGGGCCUCCCCUCUGCCUUCGCCAGCUCCAUCGUCCAGAGGUCCAGUCAGGUUCUUUGCUUGCUCAGCCAGUCUCCCCGGUCCUCUCUUUGACUGAUGCCAGCAGCACUAAUUCUGCAUGGAGGCUGGCCCCCGGGCUGCUGGUCAAAGAGGGGGCCUCUGCCAGCUGUGAGGCCUCCAGCCCCAGCACAGCAGGCAAGCUGCCAGCCCUGGAACCCAGAGCACAACAGGUGUGGCUACGCUGGGAUACCCCAGCACAGUGGGUAAACUGUCAGUCCCCAGAGACCCCAGCACGGAAAACCAAUGACCUGGCCCCUGGCCCUCAGCACAAGAGGCUUGGGACAGUGGCCCCUGCGCCCAAGGAACAGAGGUCAACUUUAAAAGUUGCAAAAUAG